UAUGUAAAGGCAUUUCCUUUCAACCUAAGUUCAUUUUUUAAAGGGAAAUUUAGCAAAUAUAUAUAUUUAUUAGUCGAAAAUCAUUACUCUUCAGUCCUUCUAGGUAAUAUCUUGAUAGUGCAUGGAUUGUUGAAUAAUAAAAAGAUUAAUCAAAAAAAUAAAGAUCUAUUUAUUAUAUUUAUCUCAGUAUUUUUUCAAUUUUUAUUCAUUAGGUAUACCAAAAAUUAUGUCUGUAAAAGACUUUUUGAAGUGGCGUGGCUGAUACUAAAUUUAUCUUGUUUAUAAAUUACAUAAUGUAUCAUUGAUUCACAGUUUCAUUAAGAAUUUCGAAUCGUUUGCAGAGGAGACAUGGCAUCAGACAAUUAAAAUCAUUAUCUAAUCUGGCUGCCUAGAUGUUAGGUAAAACAAAUGCAAUGGUCAUAACAGCAAGAAAAUUCUAUUGAAUAUUCA